ACCGUACCCUUAUUCCGUCAUAAGAGUUGUGUAACUGUCUGAUAUAAAAUAUGCAGGAAACCUUGAUAAACGAUAUAUCAGUACUGCACGACGACUUUAUAUUAGGACAUUCACUUCUCAUCAGUAUAAUAAGGAUUACUUAAACUUAUUCUGAAAUGGCUCACAACGUGCCUUUAUUAUUCCUUAUUCUCAUUAAUGCAAUCGUUUAUGGAGUGGCAACAAUAUUCAACGCCUUCGCGGGAAGCACCGGAGUCAAACUUGGAAUAUUCAAUAGCGAGACGGGAAACAUUUCGGAUAAGUACUACGUGGAGAUAACCCCAGCCGGAUGGAUGUUCAGUAUCUGGGGGGUGAUUUACAUUUGGGAGGCUGUGUGGAUUGUUUACACCAUUGUCAACUUGUUCCGGAAAACAGAAAAUGGCCCUCUAUACAUCAACCCCACACUGCUACCGUGGACAUUUUUCUUCUUUUUCAUCAUCAACAUGAGUCUAAAUCUAGCCUGGAUAUUCUUAUUUGACAGAGAGCAAAUGAUCAUCGCAUUUCCAGUCUUGUUUUUCAUUGCGUUUACUUUAUACGUGUGUAUGUUCAUAUCUUACAAACAUCUUGACAAAAACAUUGACUUUCUGAGGAAAGUUGGCAGAAAGGUAGACAUUUGGUGCAUCCGCAUCAUGGUUCAGAAUGGACUCGCAGUUUAUGCCACUUGGACCACCAUUGCCACCCUCCUUAACAUGGCGAUAGUGAUGAUCUAUGAAGGAAAUCCACGUAUUGCUAAUGAAGAUGCAAGCACUGUUGCCCUCGCUAUCUUGGCGGUUGAACUUUUGGGAUACACAUUUGUAGACAUUGUCUUUCUAGAUCGCUAUACACGGUAUACUGUUACACCUUGGUUUGUGGUCCCCAUUGCACUUGGAGCCAGUUUAGCCAAAAACUACAAAGCUGGUUCCAGAAAUUCCAUUUUGACGAUUGUCAUGAUUUCACUGGCUGUGGUAUGUCUUGUCGCCAAAAUCUUUACUUUGUUUUGGCGCGAACUCAGAAGUACCACUAAAUCGGGGUUAAUAACAGAGUCAUAUGACGACUUGAAGAAAAAGAAAUCAAAUGUUGUAUAAACUGAAAUUCUACAGAUUUUUCAUGCGAUGGUAUUGUAGCCUUGGUAUUUCCGACGGACAACGAAGUGAAUUAUUGUGGUCGGUUUACCGAUAAUUUAGUACAAAUGUAUAGUAGUCGAUGCCAUUUUGCUCAUUUUUAGUCAGCGUUUGUCCUUCCAUUUCGAAAAUUAUGCGAACAUCCAUCCUUUAAUUUAAAAUCUUGUAUUUAACAUUUUUUUAAAGACAAUCUUUGUUAUGACACAAGGAGAUACUUAAUGGUAGCUGUUGUCCAUAAGAGGAGGUGCAUAAUGAUUUUAUUUUUAUGUAUAUAUAUAUUUUUAUAUACGUUUAUGUUAUCAUAU